AAAAUUUCUGUUCUAAUUACGCUGGUAAAUCCUCUGUUACCACCUAUCUCGAAGAAACUUGGAUGCCAUGGAAGAAGAGAUUUGUAAAAACAUGGAUGAACACGUUUCUCCACCUAGGAACAACCGUAACCUCUCACAUUGAAGGUGCGCACUCAACUCUUAAAGCAUACUUACAAGUAUCGACGGAAGAUCUUCACCGGGUUCACACGUCAAUCUCUCUGAUGAUAACCAACCAAAAAAAAGAGAUUGAUGCCACAGUUGCAUCAGAGCAUAUCCAUCUUCCGGUUUUUGUGCUCAGUAAUCCUUUAUAUACAAAUAUUAAAGGUAAAGUUUCAAUUUUUGCUUUAAAAAAAAUAUACGAGCAGAGUCAAAAGGCAAAACGUUCGAUUGCACAAGUACUCUUACCUUCAUGUACUGGAUCCUUCUCGAAAACAAUGGGACUAUCUUGUGCACACUACAUUCAACAUCUCGAAGAAAACCAGAGCUUAACGCUUGAUGAUAUUCAUAUGCAUUGGUGGAUCCAAGAUCACUCGUCGGUAUCGCAAGCCGGGAAAAAUGAUUUUUGUCACGAAGAUACACUGCAACCGCUCUUGCAGGAUCUACAAGAAAGAUAUCAAGAAUGA